GGAGGACGACGCGCGCAAACGCCAUCCACGCGUUGCGAGCGCACCAAAAUAAUUGGAAAAUAGAUCCUACAAAGUGGCAUCAUCGAUCUCCCUAAGCUUACAUCACCACCACAAAAAUCUCCACCAUCUUGUCCGCUCUCCAAACAUCAAUUCCACCCAAAAAAAGAAUUAUUUCACAAACCGAUAUCCUAGCUCCGUGGAGGUUCCCAAGCGAGCACGCCAAGCACCAUGGCCGAGCAGCAGCAGGCGGAGGAGGAGGGGAGCGCGCGCGGCAAGAACAGGCCGGCGGCGGCGGCGGCGGAGGGGGCGCUGUCGGCGCUGGCGGACGACGUGCUGCUGCAAAUCCUGGGGCGGCUGGAGGGCGAUCCGCGGGACUGGGUGCGGGUGUCCUGCGCGUCCCCGCGCCUCGCCGCGCUGCUCGGGGCCGCGUGCCUCCCGCCGCGCCUGUCGCGGGUGCUCCCCGCCGAGCUCCUCCCCGCGCCUCCGCCCGACGGAGCGCCCGCCGCCUGGGCGGCGCUCCACAAGCUCUCCGUCUGCUGCCCGGGGCUCCUCCGCGCAGGGGUGCUCCUCGAGCCCUCCGACGACUUCGGGCUCGAGCUCGACAUCGGACCCGACGUCCCCUUCUGCCCUCCCGCCGACGCCGCCUCCGUCGAGGGGCUCGAGGCCACGGCCACCUCGCGUGACCCCAGGGCCGUCGACGCCGCGGCGCCCGAGGCGGAGAUCCCACCGUGCGCCGGCUCCAGCGACGCCGCCGGCGCCGCGUGGUUGCUUUACGACGACCUGUACCUGGACGCGGCCUACGACUGCUCGUCCGAGCCGCAGAUCCCGGCAGCGGCCGCCCCCGCGGCGGUCCGCGAGGAGGACGCUGAGGUCAAUGCCGUCGGCGGCGGCGUGGCCCGGCGCGGCGUGGUGGCCGGGAGCAGGCGGCGGCCGCGGCGGUGGCUGGGGCCCGUGGACGCGCACCUGGCGUCGGGGUCCUGGACGCUAAGCCGGGAGCAGGGGAACAAGCUCCUGGCCAGCCGCUUCCGCGGCGACCGGCUCUACCUCUGCGACUGGCCCGGGUGCGUGCACGCCGAGGAGCGCCGCAAGUACAUGGUCUUCCGCGGCGUGUUCCACAACUUCGCGCGCUCCCAGGUGCGCCGCGCGCUCAGGGACACUCGGCGACCCACCAUCGCCGUCCAGUGCGCCUUCUGCGGGUGCAAGGAGGCGUGGGACCUCUACUCGGCCUUCUGCCUCCGCAGCUUCUACGGCUACCACAACGACGGCGAGCCCGUCGUGCGCGCCUACGUCUGCAAGAACGGCCACGUCGCCGGCGCCUGGACCGAGCGCCCGUUGUACUCCUGAUUUUGGAGUCCACUGCCCUCUCCCAUUGCCAUUGCCGGAUGCCAAGCAGUUAGGAAGCUCCGGAUGACAAUUAUGUGUCACUGCUUACAAUAAGGUGGAUUUUAGGGAGCUCCGAGUAUAUGUAUCGUGUGUAUUCUUUCUUCUUGUCGUCGUCUUCGUCGUCGGUCGAUGAUGAUUGUGAUGCUUACAACAAGGAUGUGAUGCCGAGCUGAUGUACGGUGCUGGGGAUUAAGAUUUGCAUCAAUUUGUAGGUCUGAUGCUUAGCAUAAUAUAUAUAAGAAUCGAAAGUGCUGUUUAUCUUGGCACUA